UGACGGCCUGACUCGGAGCAAUGAACCGGUGAAGAGCAGAGACUCUUUCUUCUCCCGUUUCUUCCUUACAGAGGAUGCUGGCCUGUGGAGGCAGCGUGAGGCAUUGGAAGUUACCUAGCCUUUCACUUCAGUGCUUACAGAUCUACACUGCGUCACAAUGUCUGAAAAGCAAAACAGGGGCAGAGCAUCGUUGGCUGGAGCGUCAUUUUACGGACCCCUUGGUAAAGAAAGCCAAAGAGCGGAACUAUCGUUGUCGGAGCGCUUUCAAACUGCUGGAAAUAGAUGACAAACAUGGUAUCCUUCGCCCCGGCCUUUGUGUGUUAGACUGUGGCACAGCCCCUGGUGCUUGGGCUCAGGUUGCAGUCCAGCGAGUCAAUGCUACAGGCUCCGAUCAAGAUGCCCCCGUAGGCUUUGUUCUUGGGGUUGACCUUCUUCACAUUUUCCCUCUGGAAGGAGCAGUUUUCCUGCCUCAUACUGACAUCACAGACCCAAGCACUCAAAAGAAGAUUCAGGAACUCCUUCCUAAAGGCAAAGUGGAUGUUAUCCUAAGCGACAUGGCACCCAAUGCCACCGGGAUCCGGGACAUUGAUCACCAGCAGCUGAUCGGUUUGUGCUUGUCCCUCAUUGAUCUGGCCCAGCACAUUUUGGUGCCUGGUGGGACCAUGCUUUGUAAAUUGUGGGACGGUUCAGAAAGCCAUCGACUUCAGAAGAGGCUGAUGCAAGACUUCACGGACGUGAGACCCUUAAAGCCCCAAGCCAGUAGGAAGGAAUCUGCUGAGAUGUAUUACCUGGCAAAAUUGUACCGGGCGCAGCGUUUAAAAAAUGUGAAUGAUGUUGCUCGUGCUUAAAGGGGUCUGUUAGUUAAAGCCAUAGAAGUUUCAGUGGUUUGAUGAGUGUUUCAUUUUUCUCGAAGUUGAAGAUGGUGUGGUGUGUAUGUCCAAGCCCCACAGCCUUCUACUUCAGGCACUGAACACAGCCACUCUGACAAUCAGGCAGGAGAAAAGCUUGACCUUUUAAACUUUGGGCUGAGGGCUCUGCCUUCACUGAGGCCCAGGUCUCCAACCCACUUUGGGAUGUAUUCCCAUCUCAGUCAGUAAAUCCAGACACUGCUUGAGUUAAAAAUAUAUAUAUUUUAUUAGCUUUUAAGGAAUAUUUGCAACAGCAUUAAGCAUUCAACAAGAAAACAGGCAAUCUAUAGGUGUAGCUUUCCCAGCUAGGCCAGGGCCUGCCAACACUUAGUACACUGAACCAAACUGACUCGAUGUCCAGCCAUUCCAGCAGGAAUCCUACAUUUUAGGCUCAGUUUCCAAACAUGUGGCUUUGAAACAGUGUAAGUGACAAAAUCAAGUGUUAGGUCUGGAGAAAGUCUGAGGAACAACUUUGAAGAAGCCUGAGGACACUUUUGUGCAUUUUUUGGUUUGGGUGGAGAGACCAUCAGGAACAUGUCUUGACUUGUUUGUGCUGCCAUAAGCUACCAAUUCAUUGUUAUUAGAUAUAGUUUGCACAAAGUGCAACUGGUAUAAACUCAAAAGACAAUGAUAAUGAAUGUUUGCUUUUGUUGGGGGGAAAGAACAGGGAGCAUGUCAAAUUGAUAAGAUCAUCAGCCACAUUUUCAUCUCCAUCCCAGCAACGAGUGGGUAUAUUCAGGCCAGCUUUUGAAGAGUUGUCAGAACCAGAGACUCCCUGCUUCUGUUUCUAGGUGUGGAACACAGCCACUCUCAGGACCCCUAGGAGCUUUACCAGGGCUCUGCUGUGUUUGAGGCUUUUCGGCCCCUGGGUUUGUUUCUGGGGGUAUGCAUGCAACCAGCCAGUAACUCCUGACACAGAUAAGUAAAAUAUGUUCUGAGUUUGUGUAAGUCAAUUUACAGGGAGUGUAUGCCCAGCAAUAACGACUCCAUAAACAAGCAUUACGCAAGGCAGAAAAUAAUUAACAUGAACCUUUGCUGACUAGGCACUAACUAUCUAAAAUAACGUAAGCUGGCUAUCUUGCUUCGCUUCUUGGCUGAUGUUCUUUUCCGAAGGCUCAAGAAAGUCCUUUCCAUGGCAUGCACUUCUUGUCAUGCUGGAAAGCAGGAGUCACGAAAGCAAGACAUUUCC